AUGCGCUAUGUCGAAUCAGACAAAGGUUCAUAUGAAAAACACAAGAAUGAGAUAGUACAUAAUUCUCAAAAGGCUGAUAUUUAUAUUAGCUGGUGCAAUUCAAUUAAAUCACAAUAUGAAAGUGACAAAAUCGAUAAUGCAGAUCAUAAUUGCGCAAUUAUUAUGGCAUAUUUAAAUUAUAUAGCUCCAUAUCGUAAAUCAAUAUAUGAUGAUAGUAGAUGUAGAUAUUUGUAUUAUUGGAUAUACCACAGUUUAUUAAAGAAUAAUAAAAAUUAUGAUGUGGCGUUUAAUUGGUACAGUAUCAUCCUAACAGGAUAUUUCCAUAUGGAUUCAGAUGAUCCACAUGCAUGCCGAAAUUAUAAGGAGGAAAGUGAAAAAAUAAUACUUGAAAAAUCGGCUAAACUAAUAGAACUCUAUGAGACCUUUAAUAAUGAUAACAAAGCAUUCACCUGUGAUUGCGCAAAAAAAUGUUCAGAGUUAUAUAUUAAGUAUGUACAAGAAUGUCCUAAUGAUAAUGACUAUGAUUUCUGUAGAAAACUAGAGGAUUUUAAAAAUAAAUAUGAGGGUCGUAUGGUAUCAUUUGCUAAAUGUACAGAUGUUCCAAAUAAAUUACCCCCAGCUUUAAAAAAUAAUAUUCAUAUUGUUAUAAUAAUUCCAAUGAUUACACUAACAGCAUUGUCCUUUUUUUUAUUUGCACUGUACAAGGUUAAAUUAUUUUAUUUAUCGAUUAAUAAUAAAAAUUACAUUUAUUAUCACAUAUUUUAUAAAAAUUAUAAUUAUAAACAUUAUACUUUUAUGGUUCAUAUUAUUUACCUGAACAAUAGUUUACUCCAAUUGGAUCACGAAUAA